AAUUAAAUGAAGAAAAUAUAACCUAAAGCCAAUUAAGAUCAAGAUUUUAUCAAAACUACAAAAGCGUUUAUUAUGACAAUUAAAUUGAGACGGUGGGACCAUAGGAGUAUAGGACACCCAUCAUGUCUAAACGUUUCUCCAUAACAGUUAAUUUCUCAGUAGACAACAAAAAAAAAAAAAAAAAAAAAACGGAUAGUAACUGAAAAAAUAGGAAAAAUGAAAAGAAAGUUGCACAAAUAAAUAUUUUCAAGCAGAGAGAAAAAAGAAGAGAGAGAAUUAGAUAUGGAGCGAAUUUGCUUAUUCUCCCUUUCCUCCCGUACUGUGUGUUGUACAACUCGGAUUUUCAGUUUUUUUUUUUUUUUUUUUUUUUUUUUUUUUUUUUGCACAAUCAAAGCCCACUUCCCUCUUCCCUCAACUUUUGCUGCUACAUUCUGCUACUGCAGACGACAGUUUUUAUUUAUAAUCUAUUUAUUUAUUUAUUUGUUCAUAAAUUUGUUUAACGUUUUGUUCUCUCUUUUUCCCCUGAAAUCCUCCCUAAAAAUCCAAAUGAUUCUUUCUCACCCUCCCUAAUUUCUCUCUCUUCCGUACUUCCUCUCCCUUAAUACUUUAAACUACUCCUUACCCACUUCUUAAAUCAUCCAAUUUCAUCAUCAUUUGGUUCUUUUUUUCAUUUCAAGGGGUGAUGUGGAGGCUGAGAGUUGUUUGACCGGUUCUGUUUUGGGUAUUGCGGCACAUGAAUUUGCAAGAGCAUGUUUGGAGCUAAUGAUACUAAUCCUAUGCUUCCUAUUCAUAUGGAGAGUGUCAGGAUGCCAUACAAUGCCAAUGUAGUGCCGUCAAUGCAAUUGGAUGCUCUCUUUGGCUGUAAUGAUAUAAUGAACAUGGCUGGGGACAAGAACUUAUCCUUUGUGAAUCCACCUGAGAAAUUAGGAAGGGGUACACCAGUAUUCAGCCAGCAGCAUAAGCUUCCUGUGACAUCGUAUGACAAUUUUUGCCAGAAUGAAGCAGGGCAAGCCAGGAAUAUGUUGAAGCAAAUCCCUGUCUCCACUGGGCUCAAGCUUUCAUAUGGAGAAGAGGAGCACAAUUCUUCCAUCACAUCUGCUGGUGAAGGUGUAGUUGUUAAUCUUUCAUCGAUGCUGUCACAUAAUGACAAUCUGCAAACAGAGUUUGUGUGGCAGAGUGAUGAAUUUGAUCAGUAUAUCAGGAUCCAGGAGGAAAACAUUAAGAAGGGCAUUGCAGAACUGAAGCAUCGGCACACAGUUUCUUUAUUGAAUGCUCUUGAGAAAGAAGUCAGUCACAAAAUACAUGAGAAAGAUGUUGAGAUAGAGAACUUGAACCAGAGAAACAAGGAGUUGAUGGAGAAAAUUAGGCAGGUAGCUUUGGAAGCUCAGUCGUGGCACUUGAGAGCAAAGCAAAACGAGUCUCUUGUAAAUGUCUUAAGGAACAACAUCAAUCAAGUCGUUCUACAAGGCACUACCUUGUUGAAGGAAGGUUGUGAUGAGAAUAUGGCAGAUGACACUGUUUCUUGCUGUAAUCAGAAUCUUCAAGAUCCAUCAGCCAACCAUCAAAACCAUCUCCCCUCAGUGAAAGAGCUGGUGCAUUGCAAAGCAUGCAAAAGUAAGGAGGUUUCUUUUUUGUUGUUGCCUUGCCGGCACUUGUGCCUUUGUACAGAUUGUGAUGUUUUCAUUGACAUUUGUCCUGUUUGUCGAGUGAAGAAAGCAGGAAGCUUGCAAGUAUACAUGUCUUGAAACUGAAAAAUUAGACCUGAUGAAUUUGUUGAUUAACCAAGUUAUAUAUCAAAAAUUCUUGUAGGAUUUUUUUUCCUUACUGUCUUCUCAUGUUGCGUUAUGGCGGCCUAAAGUCUUAGUCUAGACCUUCAUUUUGAGUGAUUUCUGUUGUGCAUAAGCAAUGAGGAAAUACUUCUUGGUGGUAUCAUCUUGUACAAGGAUGUAUCAAGUAUUUUUUAAGUACAAAUACAUACAUAGUUGUAUUGUAUUACUCAUAAAUGAGUGUCUGAUUUGGUUCUAACCAUAA